UCACCCACACAGCGAUGGCUCCUCGCCUCUUGCCACGGUUCUGACCCGCUACCGAGCGGCCCCCGGGGGACGGGGGAGCGAACAUGGCCGGCCGUGAGACACUUUACGCGGGGUGGGAGAAGCCCCGGAGAGCCACGCUGCCGAGCGGCUGAAUUCCACACAACACGAGACUGAAUUGUUCAUCUUCAAAGACUUCGUCAUCCUGUCGGUACUGUUCGUACUGGAACCCACGAGAGAUGAUCACGGAGCUGCUGUGCACCGCCGUGGCCGUGGGUGUGUACGUGAACACGCUGGAUGCCGACUUCUGCUACGACGACAGCCGAGCCAUCAAGACCAACCAGGACCUCCUCCCAGAGACCCCGUGGACCAACAUCCUGUACGACGACUUCUGGGGUACCCUGCUCACCCACAGCGGCAGCCACAAGUCCUUCCGCCCGCUCUGCACCCUCUCAUUCCGCCUCAACUACGCCCUCCAUGGCCUGCAUCCCCGAGGUUACCACCUCCUCAAUGUGGCGCUGCACGGUUUGGUCACAACCGCAUUCACCGCCUUCAGUCGCCCCCUGCUGGGUGGAGGACUGUGGAGUCUGCUGGCCGGUCUCCUGUUCGCCACUCACCCGGUGCACACGGAGGCGGUGGCCGGUGUGGUGGGGAGGGCUGACGUGGGCGCCGCCUUGUUUUUCUUGCUGUCUAUUCUCUGCUACGCGAGGCACUGUGGGCUGCGGGCGACGCUCCAGACCCGACUAGGCUGCCGGGUGUGGAUGCUGGGAAGCCUGUGGGGGGCGACGGCGAGCAUGCUUUGGAAGGAGCAAGGGGUGACAGUGCUGGCCGUGUCGGCCGUCUACGACCUCUUUGUCUUCCACAGGCUCACGUUUCGUCAAGCGCUCCUGCUCCCGCUUGGAAAGAAGAAGAACCCGAAGCUUCUCCAGAGUUUGUGCAUUUUGGCAAGCUGGGGCGUCAUCCUGCUCUCAGCCCGUAUCUACUGGAUGGGCAACAAGCCUCCCAACUUCUCCAACUCGGACAACCCUGCUGCGGACUCCCCGCAUCUCCUCACUCGGGCGUUGACCUUCCUCCACCUGCCGGCUGCCAACGCCUGGCUGCUCCUCUGCCCGGAUAAGCUCAGUUUCGACUGGUCCAUGGACGCCGUGCCUUUAGUGAGGUCCUUGGUGGACUGGAGGAACCUUCACACGCUCAGCUUUUACGGCGCGUUCCUUCUCCUGGCUUGGUUCGCUUUCCACGGCCCUACCUCUAAAGGAAAGGAUGGGGAUUGUGUCGCCAACGGGAACGGCCACCACGCCCCUGACACGAACCACAACACUGACUUUUGCCCACCAAAGACGACUCUUAAUGGCUCAGGUGGACUUCACAUUGAUCCACCUCGGAUGUCCCUUCCUCCAACAGAAAACCUUGUGAUAUUCUCACUGGCCUUACUAUCGCUACCUUUUAUUCCAGCGUCCAACAUGUUCUUUUACGUGGGUUUCGUCAUUGCGGAGAGGGUUCUGUACAUUCCCAGUGUCGGCUUCUGUUUACUGGUGGCUACCGGUGCAAGAACUUUGUAUGUUAGACUCAAGAGAAGAGGCCACAAGGCCUUGUUGUUGGGUUUUUGUUUGGGGCUGGUGCUCCUGAACGGGCUGAGAACCAUUGAAAGGAACAAGGAUUGGAGCAACGAGGAGAAGCUCUACAGGUCUGGAAUUAGUGUCAACCCUGCAAAAGCUUGGGGCAACUUGGGUAACGUGCUGAAGAGCCAAGGCAAGAUGGCAGAGGCCGAGAAAGCCUACAGAAACGCCCUACACUACAGGAGCAACAUGGCCGACAUGCUAUACAACCUGGGAUUGCUGCUGCAGGAGAACGAGAGGUUUUCCGAGGCCCUUCACUAUUACAAAAAGGCUAUCGGGAGUCGGCCCACGCUGGCGUCGGCCUACCUGAACACGGGCAUCAUCUUGAUGAACCGGGGAAGCCUGGAAGAGGCCAAGCGGACCUUCGUGACUUGUGCCAACAUUCCUGACGAGAACCUGAAGGACCCUCACACCCACAAGAGCUCGGUCACCAGCUGCCUGUACAACCUGGGGAAGAUGCUGCACGAGCAGGGCCAGCAGGAGGAGGCCAUUUCUGUUUACAAGGAGGCAGUGCAGAGGAUGCCCAGACAGUUUGCACCACACAGCCUCUUCAACAUGAUGGGAGAAGCCUACAUGAGGCUUAACAAGCUGGAGGAGGCAGGCCACUGGUACAAGGAGUCCCUCAGGGCCAAACCGGACCACAUCCCGGCCCACCUCACUUAUGCCAAGCUGCUGUCCAUCAUGGGUCGAACCACAGAGGCAGGAAAAUACUACCUGAGAGCCAUCGAGCUGGACCCCAUGAGGGGAAACUGCUACAUGCACUACGGGCAGUUCCUGCUGGAGCACUCGCGACUCCCCGAGGCGGCGGAGAUGGCGGAGAGAGCGGCCGAGUUGGACAGCUCAGAGUUUGACGUUGUCUUCAGUGCAGCACACAUGCUCAGACAGGCCAGUCUGAACGAGGUGGCGGAGCGGCUGUACCAGCGAGCAGCCGGCCUCAGACCAGACUACCCGGGUGCCCUCAUGAACCUCGGCGCCAUCCUGCACCUGAACGGAAAACUGUCAGAAGCCGAGAGCAACUACCUGAGAGCCUUGGAGCUCAAACCUGAUGACGCCAUCACCCGCUCUAACCUACGCAAGCUGUGGAACAUCAUGGAAAGGCAAGGCCUGGUCACCAGGAAGACGGAAGAACUUCCGUGACAACCUUUUUAGUACUGCAAAGGACGUUUGUGGUCUGCCAGAGCGUGAAUCAGCAGAUGACUCAAACCAACGUUGCUCGUUUUAUGAAGUCGUGAAAUCCACUGAAUUUUUUUUAAUUUUUUUUAUGGCGGACCUCAAUGAGGUGUUGAAAUGAAGAAAGUGACUCUGUGGGCUCUCUUAAAAACAACCAUGAAUGCCCGGUAAUUGUGAUGUUUGAUAUGUUACUGAGGUACAGUACACAUAAAAACAACGCAGUUUGUGUAUUUGGACUACUUGUGACUGUAAAAAAAAAAACAGAUCAUGGUGCCAAAGUUUGAACGCCUUUUGUGCCCGCUAAGAAUUCAAAUUAGCUUCAUGCAGAUGUAAUCACACUCACUUAUCUUUGUCCAGAUACAGCUGCAUUCCAAAGUGGGUUAAAGUCAUUUUCCACUUAAUUAUUUUUGACACAAAAUUACCCGCAAUGAUAAAGUAGUUCAAUUGUUUUUGAAUGGUUUGCAAAUUCUUUAACAAUGAAAAACAGAAAUAUUAAUCAUGCGCGUACAGUAGCACACAACUGUUACUUUAGGAUCCAGUUGCAUUAAAAAAACGGAUUAAAUUCAUUUUCAACUGCAAAAUAUACACAAAAUAUUGCACAAUAACAAAGUGACAAAAAUGUUUGCAAAUUUCUUCAAAAUGAAAAACUUAAAAAUUAAAUACGCAUACAAUAUCACAGACUUCUUUAGGUUCCUGAAUGUAUUCAAUUGGCUCAAAAUUGGCUAAACGGAAUUAUAAAGUUGAGUAAAUUAUAUUGAAUUGUUUGUAAGUGUGUUAAAAACAAACCUUGUUCAUGUUUAAUAUCAAACAUUACCACACUCCUAACUUUCAGUUGUGUGUUUCAAAAUGCAUUAAAUACAUUUUUCAAACAAUUCUGCACAACAUAUCACAAAAGUGGCAUGUUAAACGAAAAUCACCAUUACUGCUUCAACUAUUUUUAUUUUUUACUGAAUUUGCAAACAAUUAGAAAAAAAUGAAAACAUUUCACACUUUCU